AUGAGAAACUUUCUGCUUUACUGGCCUCUGCCUGCCAACGGUUAUCAUUGCUACUUCUGGGAAAUCUUCUUCGUUCUUCAAUUGCGAGCGGAGCCUGGCACUAGUAGGUGCGAUGGCGUACCCUUUCUUCUUUUGGUUCCUGAAGGAUCUUUUCCUUUGCUUGCUUAUGUUUUGAAUUGUUGUGGUAGAGACCAAGAGUCCGAUUUUCCCAUUUGGUUUGAUCAGCAUGCUUUUGAUGCUGCAAGCACUGAGGAAAGCAAAAGAUGGUCAUCACAGCCAUAUUCUUCCUUUAUCAGCUUCAUGGAAUCCAAAUCUUUGUACAGAACAUCGUCACACCCUGAACGGCAACGCCUACGACAUCACCAUUCUAUUGAAGCGAAUCUUGUUCCAAAUAUGCCGUUCACUUCAUAUCCUCCCACAGAUGGCAGGUCACAGCAGGCUUCAGCAAGUAGUCAAUCUAGCCACCCUAAUCUUGCAUAUCGCCCAGGUGGGCACCAAAUGGCAGCUGCUUCUUCCAAUAUUUCUUCUUUCUCUAAUCCUCAGCUUCAUGCGAAUGCCUUAUCUCACGGGUCACUGUAUGGAGGAAAUAUUCCUCAGGUAACUCAUGGCCAGCCAGUUAAUAGUCAACUCCAGAACCAGUGGGAGAACCAACCUAGUUUAUAUCCUGUAGAGCGUCCUGGCCCAAACAAGAUUUUUCAGCAACAGCAGUUACCCCAUCAAAAUGGUUUAAUGCCUCCACAGCUGCACUCCCAGCCACACAGAGUUCAGCAUCCGUUUCAGCCAUCCUUUUUCCAUCUAUCGGGGUUGCUGCCUCAACUUCACAAUCCUCACAUUUCUGCAUCACCGCCUUUGAUAAAUAACUCUGAGAUGCUUGGAUUAGCUGAUAUGAGAGAUGCAAGGGCUAUGUCAAUGCUGAGAAUUAGUGGGUGGCCAAAGUUCAAGUCCAAGUACAUGACAGCCGAUGAAAUUGAAAACAUUGUGAGAAUGCAGCUUGCUACUACUCAUAGCAAUGAUCCUUAUAUUGAUGAUUAUUACUAUCAAGCUUGUCUGGCCAAAAAAUCUUCCGGUGCAAAGUUGAAACACCAUUUCUGCCCAUCUUAUCUGCGUGAUAAAUUUUCCGGAGCUUGUUCUAACAAAGAGCCACAUGCUUUUCUCCAGAUCGAUGCUCUUGGGAGGCUUUCCUUCUCUUCAAUACGCAGGCCCCAUCCACUUCUUGAAGUUGAUUCCCCAAAUUCAUCUGGUAGUGGUAAUGCUGAACUGUUUGAGAACCCUUUGGAACAGGAGCCAAUGCUUGCGGCUAGAGUGACCAUUGAGGAUGGCAUUUGCCUUCUCCUUCUUGUUGAUGAUAUUGAUAGAUUCCUACAAUUUAAUCAGCUCCAAGAUGGUGGUGCCCAGUUAAGGCAAAGGAGGAGGCACAUCCUGUUAGAAGGUUUGGCAUUAUCCCUUCAGCUUAUUGAUCCUCCUGGGAAAAAUGGCCACACAGUGGACUUGGCUCCUGAAGAUGACCUUGACCUCUUAAGGUUAGUUUCUCUUCCUAAGGGCCGGAAGUUCCUAUCAAGGUAUCUUCAACUUCUUUCUCCAGGUGACGAACUCACUCGAGUAGUUUGCAUGGCCCUUUUACAUCAUUUGAGAUUCUUGUUUGGUGGCCUUCAUGAUGAUCCUAGAGCUUCUGAACCAACUAUCAACCUUGCAAGAGUCGUGUCAUCUUGUGUCCACAGUAUGGAGAGGCCUGCCUUGCAUCCGUGGUUUUGUUCAGCUGAGCAUCCUCCUCUGCGUCCCAUUGGAAGCCUCAAUAGAGAUGGGGCAUCUAUUGUUCUCAAGUCUCUUCUCGAGAGGGCAACUGAGCUCCUGACAAACCCUCAUGCUGCGGCCAACUGCUGCAUUUCUAACAGAGAAUUUUUGCAGGCCUCUUUUGAUGCAUUCUUUGGUCUCCUCACGAAAUACUGCUUUAAUAAAUAUGAUUCUGUUAUGAAAUCCUUCCUCGCCCAAGCCUCAUUAGAGACAGCUACUCUUGGGUCUGAUGCAACCAGAGCCAUCAGUAGAGAGAUGCCGGUUGAGCUCUUACGAGCAAGUCUCCCUCAUACAAGCGAGCCUCAGAGAAAACUGUUAUUGGAAUUCACACAGCGGUCCAUGCCCAUGUUGGGUCUUAGGGGUCAGGGCGGAGGGAGUGGUGGCUCUUGA